AUGGAGGCCGAUUGGGAAGAGCUGUCGCGCAUCCCAAUGCCUCCGCCCAGUUCGCAUGCGCUCCCAACAAAUGCGACAGCAGUGGCCUUUGACGAUGUCAUGGAACUUCUGUGGACUGGAAAUGAAUAUGGCCGACUUACCUCGUUCUACGGACCAGAGCUACAACGAUAUACCUCAGUCCGAGCCCAUCCAGUCUCCGAGGGCCCAAUACGACAGAUUCUCUUUCACGAGAGAGGGGUGAUCUCCCUGUCCGGGAACAGCGUGCACAUGAUUACUCGGCGUGGCCUGACGCAAUGGCAUCUUACCCACGACGAAAUGAUUGAUCUCCGCUGCAUGAGUUUCACGGCACAAACCAACCGAAUUCUAGUGGCUGGCUGUCAGCGGCUGAUGUUUACGGUGGACAUUGACAAGGGCACCGUUGUCGACAAGCUGCCCACCGAAUCCAAUUACACGACCAUGAAGAAGAGCCGGUAUCUCUGCGGUGGAACAGAUACAGGGCUGGUAAAUGCCCUCAGUCUGUCAGAUUUCAGUAUUGUGAAGACAUGGAAGGCCCAUGGAGCCGCUGUGAACGAUAUGGAUGCGCGCAAUGACUUGCUGGUCACCUGUGGCUUUUCCGUUCGGCAUGGCGGCUCCCCGAUUGUCGACCCCUUGGCCAAUGUGUAUGACUUGAAGACAUUGUCCCCGUUGCCUCCGAUUCCCUUCCAUGCCGGAGCCGCUUAUGUGCGCAUGCAUCCCAAGCUCCACACCACUAGUUUCGUGGCUUCGCAGAGCGGCCAGGUCCAGGUAGUGGACCUCAUGAACCCGAAUGCGAUUAACCUGCGACAAGCCAACGUGAACGUGAUGCUCGGCAUUGACCUGUCGCCUUCUGGAGAGGCUUUGGCCAUUAUUGAUGCUGAAUGCUCCAUUCACCUUUGGGGCUCACCGACCAAGAUUCAUUUCAACGAGAUGAGCAAGGAGACCGAGUUCGCAGACGUUCCUACGCGGCCACCCCUGAUAGAAUGGUCUCCGGAGACACCCCUGAAUAUGGUGGGAAUGCCUUAUUACCAUGAACGCCUAUACUCGGCGUGGCCGAGUCAUCUUGUCUUCGAAGUUGGCAGCCCGCCUGCUCCCUUUGACCAAUCUAUCCUUCCAUAUCUACGCCCCGCAGAAGUGGGCCACUACGCCCCCAACUCACGCAAGACACGCCGGUACCAGAUCGAGAAUACACGCGCAUUGGCUACGGCAGAGCCGGCUCUCAUUGCGCCGAAGUUCCUGAGUGAGAAGGCUCGGGAACAAAGCAAAGCCAAAUCAGAGGGCUCGGUCGGUGAUACGGCCGAGGCCCUGGCAGGUGCGAAGAUUAAUGGGGAGAGUGACGAUGAUCCCCUCCUCAAGUAUAGCAACGUCGAGAUCAAGUAUAGCCGAUUUGGCGUCGAUGAUUUUGAUUUCCGGUUCUAUAACCAAACCACAUUUUCUGGCCUUGAAACCCAUAUCGCCAACUCCUUCACCAACUCCCUCCUUCAACUUUUCAAGUUCAUCCCGCUGUUCCGAAAUCUAGCGCUGCAACAUGCGGCUGGAUCUUGUAUUUUUGAGCAGUGUCUCCUGUGUGAACUGGGCUACUUGUUUGACAUGUUGGAAAAGGCCAACGGUCAGAAUUGCCAGGCGACCAACUUGUUGAAAACUUUCAGCAGCUUUCGAGAAGCGUCCAAUUUAGGCCUUCUGGAAGAGAAUCUCACCAACAAGUCUCUUUCCACUGCCAUCCAAGCUGUCAACCGGUUUUUCCUCACACAGAUAGCUCACGACUUCCGCAUGAUCCAGCCCAGCGCGGAGGAUCUGGACCACUGCCUAGCCACGAUUGCGUCCGAGUCCAUUCGGUGCAUCUUCUGCCAAAAUGAGACUGUUCGUCCGGGUAAUUCGCUCGCUAACGAGCUCAUCUACCCAAACAUCGAUAUCAAACAUGCUCGACGCAACCCGGCAUUCCGAUUCUCGAACAUCUUGCGUGCGAGUAUUGAGCGGGAAACACAGAACCGGGGAUGGUGCAAUUACUGCCGUCGCUACCAGCAGGUGAUAAUGCGGAAGACCAUCCACCGAAUGCCGCUCGUUCUCAUGCUCAACGCAGCCCUGACCAACCCAAUUUGCCGCCGGUUGUGGACGAUUCCCGGGUGGCUUCCUGAGGUUGUUGGCAUUCUCAUUGAUGGAGGCCAGGUGUUGUGCUUUGAAGGUGAGGAUCUUCGAUUCAGAUUGCAGAAUAACACGCCAGGUCUGUUGGUGUAUGAUCUGGUUGGUGUUGUGUCAGAGAUCGAUAUCCCUGAGCAUCAAAAACCACAUUUGGUGUCUUUCAUCAAUGUUUCUAUAUCGGCUCGUGAAGCCCAGGAACAGAGCAGAUGGCAUCUGUUCAACGACUUCUUAGUUACGGAGUUGGACAGAGAUGAAGCACUCCGCUUCACGCAGCCUUGGAAACAACCUUGCGUGCUGGCGUAUCAGGUGAGAGAUGCGCGCCAUGCCGUCGACGACUCCUGGAAAAAGCUCCUUGAUACCACUUUGUUGUUCCGCGAGUGGUCAUUGAAUGGUGGCCGUCAGGCCGAGUCGUGUCGGACCCUCAACGAAGAGGAAAAACCACAGCCCGGUACCCCUCUUGCCCUGGAUACCGAAUUCGUCGACCUCGAAAAGGCCGAAAUCGAUGUCAAGGCAGACGGAUCACAGGAGAUUGUACGGCCUAGCAAAAGCGGGCUGGCCCGUGUUUCAGUUCUGCGUGGAUCGGGUGUUUCCGAGGGUGUCCCGUUCAUCGACGACUACAUCACGAUUCGGGAGCCAAUUGUUGAUUAUGUUACGCAAUAUUCUGGCAUCAAACCUGGCGACUUGGACCCGCGAACGAGCGAACACAAUCUGGUCCCCUUGAAGGCCGCCUACAAGAAGCUGUGGCUGCUUCUAAACCUUGGCUGUGUGUUCGUUGGCCACGGUCUGGCGUCGGAUUUCCGCAAGAUCAACAUCCAAGUACCCAAGUCCCAGACCGUGGACACCCAGUACCUAUUCUUCCACCCGAGCAAGAACCGUCGCUUGAGUCUUCGGUAUCUUGCAUGGGCCGUAUUCAAGGAGUACAUCCAGGAGGAUCCCACUCCAGACACGGUCCAUGGCCACGACUCGAUUGAGGAUGCCCGCAUGGCCUUACGUCUCUGGAAGAAGUUCCAGGAAUACGAAGACGCGGGUAUCGUUGCUCAGAUGCUCGAGGAGAUCUUCCGUGAAGGCUCCAAAUUGGGCUUCCGUCCCCCGCCGCGGAAUGGAGGCGUCGCGACCGUCCUCUCCCGCCCGGGCACUGCCGUUACAAUGCAGAACAAUAGUGGUCGCAAUACGCCCAGCACACCCGAUGCUGGGGCUGCUACGACAGCGGCGGCUACAGCUACAGCAGUUGCAAAUGCGGCACCCACCAGUGCUCCUACUACCCCACGCCAGGCUUUCCGGCGAUCUAUUGCUUUGACUCCGAGUAAUGGGAGCUUCACUGGACCCGGGGCGGGUGAUUUCUUUGGAGGAAGUCCGCUACAAUAG